AUGGGAGGCUUUCCCCAGUACCGGGAGAAGGUGCCAGCAGGAGGGCGGUUGCGACAGGGGUGGAGGUGGGAGGCUGUGCGAGGCACGGCCGAGGCCCAGAAUGUCAUCCGACAGCGUAAGGCAACAUCCAGAGGUGGUGAGGAGAAGGAGGCGAUUACAGGGCAGCUGCACGGCGAGGGAUGGCACAAGUUGUCACUACAAAUCACUCCGCCGUGUGAAAGCGAACAACACUAUGAAUACUCUGGACGGUGCUGCACAAAGUGUGAGCCAGGAAAGUAUAUGUCUGCUAGAUGCACUGGUACUUCUGAUAGCGUGUGCCAGCCGUGUGGCCCAAACGAGUAUAUGGAUGCGUGGAAUGAAGAAGAUAAAUGCUUACUACAUAAAAUAUGUGAUCAAGGGAAAGCUUUGAGAGAAGUGAACCCGGGGAACAGCACGUUCCAGCGGCAGUGUGCUUGUACGAUGGGCUACCACUGGAAUGAAGACUGCGACUGCUGUCAGCGAAAUACCUUAUGUGCCCCAGGAUUUGGAAUCGAGCAUCCUGUGCAACAAGACAAGGACACAAUGUGUAUACCAUGUCCCAGAGGCUACUUCUCAAAGGUUGCUUCAUCCACUGACGAGUGUAAAUCCUGGACCAACUGUACAGCUCUAGGAAUGGCAGAAAUCAUGUCUGGGACUGACAAAUCAGAUGCAGUUUGCGCGGAACGGAAGAUGACUGAGCUAUCGGAAGAUGGAACAAACAGGAUCUUAUACGUGUUGAUUGUCAUCUUGUUUUUUGUGGCACUAAUUGGCAUUGUCAUCUUCAUCGUAUACUACAAGAAUAAGGGAAAAAAGCUGACAGCUACUUUGGAAAAUUGGGCUAACGAAGUGUGCAGCCAAAUAAAAGGAACAAAGGAGCCCCCUAGAGAUGCAUUUGUUACCGUGAACAUCACGAAUGCUGCUGUCCCCCAGACCUGUGAGGGCAUGCAUCUCCUGGGCCCCACUGGCUCUCCUGCCCAUGGAAACUCAUGCUGCAGUGGUGGUCACGCUCCUUGCAGGAACGGGAGCCCCAGCAUGGCGCCCUGCGAGGCAGGAGGGAGCCUCCAAGAGUUUUCUGUGGUAACUGAGACUGAUGAUGACCAUUUCCCACCAGUUCCCACAGAAGAUGAAUACAUGGAUAAGGAUCUCAAUAGUGCUGAUUAUUUAUCUUUACUGAGUCGGACUGCCAGUAAAACCGUGUCAUCAUUCUCAGAACCGAUGGAGGCAGGGGAGAAUGACAGCUUAAAUCAGUACUUUUCAGGGACUGGGAGCACAGAGGACGACAUAUCACUCUCUCAAGGCUUUCACCCUUCCUCUGACACAGAUGGGGCACAUGCUGCCACGGACAAACUUCUUCAGAAAUCUUGCCAACAUGCCCACAGUUGCCUGAAGGAAACGGGCAACAAAGACACAGAUCGUUUUGCAAAAAACUAUGACUCAGAGAAGAUCUGUGUGAGGUGUGGCAUUUCGUACAGGGAAUCUCCCAGAAAGUGGAGCAAACCCUGUUGUGCUGCGGCUGACAGUGCCUCCAUCUCCCCAGAAACUGCAUCCCAUGCACAGUGCACUUGUGGCUUGAAUUUUCUCUCUGCUGGUCAGAGCAAUCUAGCAAGUGACCGUGGUAUGGAAGAUGCAUCUUUGGAUAGUACCAACAUGAAGUACCAGAACACAAACAGAGGCACUUCAGGGACAAACAGAAGCACUUCAGGGACAAACAGUAGCACUUCAGACCUCCCUCCAGCAUCUGGAAAUGUGACUGGAAACAGUAACUCCACCUUUAUUUCAAGUGGACAAGUAAUGAAUUUCAAGGGCGACAUCAUUGUUGUCUACCUUAGCCAAAACUCCCAGGAGGGGACAACGGCCUCGGGACCGAGCGAGGAGAAAGUGGGCAGCCCCGUGCAGGAGGAAAACCUCAGCCGCUGCGAGACUUUUGCCGGCAACACCCAGAACUACAAGGAGAAGUGU